UGCAAACAAACCGAAAAUCAGAAGGUAGCCGGGCUAGUUAAUUGCUACAGUUGCUAAAGCCAGAAAACGACACGGAAAGUUUUGUGAGUUUGCUAACUAGUUCCAUCAUAAAAUGUCUUACUGGAUCUGCUGUAACUCCUGCUUCAACCUCCCGGGUCCUGACCGCAAACUAGCUGUUACCACCUGUGGUCAUGUCAUCUGCAACGUGUGUUUUCAGAAAGCCAAUCAAGGGGAGUGCAUGAUAUGUAACGCAACAUGUCAAGUUACUCCUCUCUCAGACAAAAGUAGUGCAGAAGUAAAGGCCCUCUUCUCUGACAUCAAUUCUGUAGCAACCAAACACUUAACAGAGAUAAGCAAGGUGUUACUAUUCCAGGCAAGGCACCAAAAGAGGUUGUUGGCGCAUUCCCAGCAGAGGAAUGAAAAGUUAGAAGAAGUUUUACUCAAGAUGAAGCAAGAAAUGCAGCAAAUGUCCAAGAAAAUGACAGAGCAGAAUGCCUAUAUUGCCAAGUUGGAGAGCACUCUUCAGCAUCAAAGUGCAAAAGCAGCUUCUACAUCACAGCUGAACCGUAGUUCUCACAAUGCUCGUUCACAUCAAAUCAAAUCAGAUCAAAUGCAGAUACCAUUCAACUCACCCAUGUCCCUCUCUCGCUUCUCAUCUACUACAAGUCUGGCAGAAAACAUGGAGGUGGAUAACAGAGGUCUGUUUAAGAAACCGGAGCUCUCUGGAAGUGUCCAGAGGUUGUCCUUGAUCAGCCCUCCACAGGACGGCCGGAUGGGUACCGUCCCCCAUCGAUCGACCAAUCAGAACACCCUAGUCAACCACUCAGCUCGCUCGGCCACUGUCAGCCGCCUGGCGGAGUUGCAGAUGACCCCUAACUUGCCGUAUCGUAGGAACACAGGGUGGGAGACGCCCGUGUUCAAGCCCCCGUCAGCCUACAGACACUCCUCCAUGUCUUCUCUGGUCAUGUCCUCUCUGGGGGUCACCUGCCCUCCACCGUAACACCGCCAAGAGCCAGCCAUCACUACGGCACAAGGAGACGUCUCUGAUCCACUUCAAUGCCCUCCACGAGUGACUUAGCUAGAGUAUCAAAUCACCUGGCAAUGGUUGAACUCUCCACCGUGGAGAGAUGAGCUGUGGAAUAGGUAGUGUUGUUCAGAAAUUGAGCCCCCUUCACACAGGGUUAAGAAGAGUUUGGAAGCUGUGGUCUGUUGAUUGUGUGUGCAGUGUAGCGUGUAUAUUGUCAUUGUAAUGGAUUACAUACAGUAUUACAGUAUUACUUGUCACAGUAACAAAUAAAAUUUAACAAACCAAUCAAA